AGCUAGGACGGCGCCUGCGUGCCGCGCAUGGAUUCCUUUCUACCAAGCAUGUGCAACAUGGCCAAGUGCGGAAAACAUGCGCGCUAGCGCCCCAGCCUUUGGUUGAUGACGCGCAUGAGCAGUCCAGAUCCCUUUUUUUUUUAGAGGCACGCCACAUCCCCACGCAUGCGUCGCUCUCCCGCUUGCUGCGCUCUGCGAGGCGCCUACUGCUCAUGCUUCAUCCCCUCCCUCCCCUUCCCCCCUUAAAGGGCCACCGCGGCUAUUAGCAGCCUUAGCCUAGGACUGGUGCGGGGCUACGCGGCUCCCCCUGCUGGGGCUGCAGCUGAGGAGGAGGAAAGGCGAGCCACCCCCUGCGAAGGUAAUGGGGGCGCGUCUCUUAAAGGGGCCAUGGCCUGUGUGGGGAGGUUCCCCAGACGGAGGUAUUGUUAGGCAGACUCUGGAGUCCCCUUAACCUCCAGACCUGGGCCCAUUGAACUCUGACCUCCAGGACUUCAAACUUUGUAACCUCCAACCUCUGUGAAGACCAACCUCGGCGGGGGGGGGGCAUCCUGUGACCCUCCCCAUGUCCCUUUCUCCCUCCAGGAGCCAGCUGGAGCAACCAGAGCCCCCCGGAGACCCCUCCCACUUGGAUGCUGCACCUAUGCAUACGGAGCCCCUGGAUUCCCCCUUCAUCCCAGGCACCCCCUACUCAGUGCUGGUGCUGCAGGAAGGGUUCAGCCAGGUGCUGCCAAAUGGGCAUACACAGGCUGACGGCACCAUCACACUGGUACGGGGGCCCCAGCUCACUCUGGUGGACACAGGAGGCCCCUGGAGGCGGAAGCGGCUACUGGAACUGCUGGCGGCCCAGGAUGUGGCCCCAGGCGACGUGUCCCAUGUUGUCUGCACCCAUGGCCACUCAGACCAUGUUGGCAACAUCAACCUGUUCCCCACAGCUACGCUGCUGGUGGGGUUCGACCUCAGCCAGGGUGAGGGGCUGUACCUGCCCCACAAUCUGGGGACUGGCACUCCCUACUCCAUCCAUCCCGGCCACAUAGAAGUGGUGCCCACACCUGGCCACACAGCUGCCCACACCAGUGUGCUGGUGCAUGGCACAGCCCUGGGCACAGUGCUAGUAGCCGGGGACCUGUUUGAGCGGCAGGACGACGAGGAUGCUUGGCGGGCACUGAGCGAAGAUCCAGCCCGGCAGGAGCGGAGCCGAUCCCUGGCCUGGGGCCACCCUUCAGUGUGCUGCGGGUGCACAGCAGCACCAAGGAGGACCAGACACCCCUGGGGAUGGGGAGAGAGACCAUGA